AGAAGCAAGAAAACAUGGCGCCCAUUGGGGAGUGCAGAUGGACCUCUCUGCUUCCCUUCCUGGUGGUGUCUCUGAUGUACUCGGCGCGCGCGGAAUACUCCAACUGCGGAGAAAACGAAUACUACAACCAGACGACUGGCAUGUGUCACGGCUGCCCGCAGUGUGAGCCGGGAGAGGAACCCUACAUGACGUGCGGCUACGGCACCAAAGACGAGGACUACGGCUGUGUCCCCUGUCCUUCCGAGAAGUUCUCCAAGGGAGGUUACCAGAUCUGCAGGCGCCACAAGGACUGCGAGGGGUUCUUCCGGGCCACUGUCCUGACGCCGGGCGACACUGAGAACGACGCAGAAUGCGGGCCUUGCCUCCCCGGUUACUACAUGUUGGAAAACCGUCCGAGGAACAUCUAUGGAAUGGUUUGCUACUCCUGCCUGCUGGCGCCUCCGAAUACCAAGGAAUGUGUGGUCUCCCCCCCAGGAGCUGCAGCCAGCUCACCCAGUGCCUCCGGAACCAGCACUCUUUCACCUUUCCAGCACGCACAUAAAGAUCUGGCAGGGCAAGGGCACCUGGCCACCGCCCUGAUCAUCGCCAUGUCUACCAUCUUCAUCAUGGCCAUCGCCAUCGUCCUCAUCAUCAUGUUUUACAUUGUGAAAACCAAGCCUUCCGCUCAAGCCUGCUGCACUAGCCAUUCGGUCAAAAACGUGGAGGCCCAAGCCAGCAAACCAGAAGAGAAGAGAGAAGUUCAAGAAAAUGGAGUGAUAUUCACCGAAAAGGAUGAGUUUGAGAAGCUGACGGCUACUCCGGCAAAGACUGCGAAGAGUGAAAACGACGCCUCUUCUGAGAACGAGCAGCUGCUGAGCCGGAGCAUGGACAGCGACGAAGAAGCCGCCAUUGACAAGCAAGGAUCCCCGGAGUUGUGCUUGUUAUCGCUAGUUCAUCUGACGAGAGAUAAAUCUUCCACAACCAACAACAAAUCCACCGGGAUUCAAAGUCGACGGAAAAAGAUCCUUGACGUGUACGCCAAUGUGUGUGGGGUGGCUGAAGGACUCAGCCCCACGGAGCUGCCGUUCGACUGCUUGGAGAAGACGAGCAGGAUGCUCAGCUCCACCUACAACACGGAGAAGGCCAUCGUCAAAACCUGGCGCCAUCUGGCCGAGAGCUUCGGGCUGAAGCGGGACGAGAUCGGGGGCAUGACGGACGGCAUGCAGCUCUUCGACAGGAUCAGCACUGCAGGCUACAGCAUCCCCGAGCUGCUCACCAAACUGGUCCAGAUCGAGCGGCUGGACGCCGUGGAGUCGCUCUGCGCGGACAUCCUCGAGUGGGCCCAGGUCUUGCCCCCGACUCCCCCGCCGCCAGUGACGUCCUGA